AAUCGAGUAAUGAUCGAAAGUAUCAAAAUCCCACUCGUCGACCUCCGAAACGCUUCGUUUUGCGCCCUCUUCCCCCCCUUCCUCCUGCUCCUCCACCACCACCGCUGCAAACCCUAGCUGCCCCACCUCCUCCGCCUCUGCGGAUCAUUCGAUUAGGCUGAGCAGCCGAUCGGCCUGUGUCGGAUUCAUCUCCGCCAUACGUACGGUCGCUCGUCGCACAGGGGAGGAGCGUGGAGAGAGGGAGGGAGAAGCGAAACCAUGCCGUCGCACGCGGAUCUGGACCGGCAGAUCGAACAGCUGAUGGAGUGCAAGCCGCUCUCCGAGGCGGAGGUGAAGACGCUCUGCGAUCAGGCGAGGGCGAUCCUUGUGGAGGAGUGGAACGUGCAGCCCGUCAAGUGCCCCGUCACCGUUUGCGGAGACAUCCACGGCCAGUUCUACGAUCUGAUCGAGCUGUUCCGGAUAGGAGGCAACGCGCCUGACACCAACUAUCUCUUCAUGGGCGAUUAUGUUGAUCGUGGGUAUUACUCAGUGGAGACAGUCACACUUCUAGUUGCUCUGAAAGUGCGUUAUCGAGAUAGAAUAACAAUUCUCAGAGGAAAUCAUGAGAGCCGGCAAAUAACUCAAGUGUAUGGCUUUUAUGAUGAAUGUCUGAGAAAAUAUGGAAAUGCCAAUGUCUGGAAGUACUUUACAGAUCUGUUUGAUUAUCUUCCCCUGACUGCACUCAUUGAGAGCCAGAUUUUCUGUUUGCAUGGAGGUCUUUCACCGUCUUUGGACACAUUAGACAACAUUCGAGCACUGGACCGAAUUCAGGAGGUUCCGCAUGAAGGGCCGAUGUGCGAUCUCUUGUGGUCUGAUCCAGAUGAUCGCUGUGGGUGGGGAAUCUCUCCACGAGGUGCUGGGUAUACAUUUGGGCAGGAUAUCGCAGCCCACUUCAAUCAUACCAAUGGUCUCACCCUGAUCUCAAGAGCCCACCAGCUUGUCAUGGAAGGAUACAACUGGUGUCAGGAGAAGAAUGUGGUGACUGUAUUCAGCGCUCCGAAUUAUUGUUACCGGUGCGGGAACAUGGCUGCGAUACUAGAGAUUGGUGAGAAUAUGGACCAGAAUUUCCUGCAGUUCGAUCCUGCGCCUCGGCAAAUCGAGCCUGACACCACACGCAAGACUCCUGACUAUUUUUUGUAAUUCCGAUGUAUGUUUUGGUUGUUUGUAAUUCCUGUUCACUUUCGUGUUACUACUGUAGAUGUGUCUUAAGGGAGAGGAGCUUAUUGUUUAAGUCGACCUUGAUCGUCAUUAGUUCACAUUCUUUUUGUUUGGACCGAGUCUGCUGCUCUGCUUCCUGGAUGAGUUGGAGUAGAGAAAAAGGGGCAGAGGGCAUCAGGUCGAUGGCCCCUGUAUAUCUUUUCAGAAAGUGGAAGCAGCAAUAACGUGGUCUUGCUUGUGUACUGGGUGGACAGCUUUAAGGUAGAAACUAGAGAGCAAAAUUUUUCCACAGAUUGUUCUUUAUGGCGUGAACAUGUUUCUUCGGUUCGAUCAGUUUGUCGUAGGAGGCGGUAGUAAGUUAGUAAAAGUCAAUUGAACCGAUUUCGUCUCUU